AUAUAUAAGAACAAUCGCUCAUCCUUCCGUUCCUAAAUAGAAUUUAAAUCUACGCCACCCGAAAAACAAAAGUUUGGUUGAAAUUUGCUAACCAGGUAGGUACAUAUAUUUAACUAUAAUAUAAUAAUGCAAUUAAUAUAUAAUAAAUUACAUAUACUAGUAUAUACUGUAUAUAUACUCUAAUAAAUUAUAGUUAACAAAUAUGUAGAUUACCAACUAAAUAUUCUUAUCAGUCCUAGAUAGAUGCACACACUAAUUUCCAAGUUAAUCUGACAUAGGUAUUAAAGUCAGUUAAAAUCACGUUUAAAAAUUAUGUUACAUACAAAAAGAGAUACACACACACAUACCAACCUAAUUAUUUUUAUUUUAUUUUUUUAUUUAUAACUUCUUAUACUAGAAAGUAUAAAGGCGGACUUAAUGCCAUAUGCAUUCUCUAACAGUCUACCUUAGGGGAGUGCAGAGAUGAAGCUUGGUAGGUGUAGUGUGAAGGUGAUAUUACUUAAACAUAUGUACAUAAUUAAAGUGAGUUUAAAAGACCCAAUUAAUACUGUUUAAUUGAAAAACAAGUAAAUAGCUGAUGCUGCUAUCAUUCAACAUUAAGUAGGAAUAUGUAUAUAACUUAGAUCUCAGACCAUAAUCUAUAUUAUAUUCUAUUAAACUUCAUAUUAUAUGUUUAAAUUUAUACGAGAUUCGAUUGAAAGUUCUCUCUGUAACGACAUCUCAAAAUGUGCUUCUGCAUUGAAUUAGUCUCAGUCAUCCAAGCCCCUCUUCGAAUUUUUUUUUACUAUCAGAUUUCUUCCCUACAUUAGUUUUCAGACAAAAAAACUUGUACUAAAAAUUAUAUGGCUCCAACUUCUUCCUCAAUCUUCAAAAACUUAACUCUCUGAAGAUUGGAAUUGGAAAACAUUGCUAUCGAGGCAGCCCUCUUGAAACAGUGACUAAAUGUGAGUACUGCCACUUUCUUAGGCAUCGCUACCAUGAUUAUAUGCCCGUCGACUAUCUCCAUUACUUCGAUUUCAAUUAUUGGACACACCGAGAGCACUGGGCAGUCGCUUCUCUCCAUAAAAUUAUACUGUUUCAAUGGCAUGUGGUUCAUGAAGUCUAACUCUCCAUUUGUGAACGGCGAAUGAUAUAUUCUUAGUACACCCCAAUCGGAGCCGACAAAAAAUAUGUCUCCAUAUGACCUCACCGUCACUAUAUCUCGUAGUGGACCUUCCGGUAAUUUGAAACAUAGAGCAAACAUCCAUUGAAUGUAUACUCUCCAAUCGAAAUGGUCGAACAGGUUAUACUUAUUGAAUUCAUGUAACAAAUUACUCUCCUCUGUUAUAGUACACUGUAGUUGUAAUUCAUGUCCGAUUAAUGUAUAAAUAUUCCGUUCCAACGUAAUGAUGUUCAAGUUUUUGCCUGUAUGCCCUAAACAAAUGAUGCCCUCCGUAGACUGUACUAGGAAAUGCGAUUUUAAUUCUUUAUCGGACAGGUACACAGCGUAUAUACUCUCGUUUAGAGAUACGUAAUAAACUACGUUGUCUAUCACAUAAAACAGUUUACAAUUAUCAUGAGAAAUACUAGCUAUGUGCUUGGGGCUACGUAUUAGUUUUCUUGUUAUGAACAAAUGUAGAUUGCUAUUCAUCAGGAGUACUGUGUCGUCGGUUUCGACAUAGCGGUUGUAGUCGCCGUAAAUAACUGCGCGUUUGCUUCGCUGUAGCGUGUCCAAAUCAUAAUACACCACGCCGGCUUUAGUGUGGACGCCGGCCGUUCCGUUUCGUAAAUAUCUGAAGCCCUGGAUUUCGCUGGCCACCGUGGUUGCUGACGCGAAUUCGUCGUAGUGCUGUCUAGCGAGGUGCAGUUGCCUCCACAGAGUCAGAGACCUGUAGAGCUCGUGCCAAGUGAUCUGAGGACGGGAGAGCCGGUGAGCGAAUUUGUAAACGUUUUUAAAGUCCUUUCCGCAAAACUUAUACCACAAUGAAUGGUAUUUGUUGAGGGUAUCGAUGACGUUCUUCCAGCGGAUGCAAACUUCCCGGCAUUUCGUCAACUGUUUCGCUGGUAGAAAAGUGAAAAUGUGCGAUAAUAUUUCGGUGGGAAACGAUUCUAAAGGUGUCACUUCGUCUUCGUUGUCCGACAUUUUUACAAUAAUGUGUGCAAGUUUAUCACUACCUAUAUAGAAGUUUAUUCAAUCGAAAAUCAUUUUGAAGUUUUUAGUGUAGUGUAGUUUUUAUGUAAUUUUAAUAUUUUAAAACAUAUUUCCACUGGGAUUUUUGAUUCAAUAAUGAAGUUUGAUGUUUUUUAAAGGUUUUACGGUGUAUGUCCAAUUCAUAGAUUAUACACUUAAUAUAUUUGAGGUCCAAUUAGUCAAGCAAAGGAAAAAUAGCAUAUACAGUCAAAUUUAAUAGUAAUAGUAGGAAAUAUUAAUAUCCCUAUAACAAAAUUAAUGCUAUUCCGGUUUAAAUGGUGAAUUAAUCAUCAGCAUGUUGUCUACAAGCUUCGGUAACCACUUGAUCUGGCUGCUUGAACUGUAUUACUUUUGCCUGUUGAACGGAGGAACAAAAAACAAAAAAGCAAGCAACGGAAAUUGUUUACAUUUGAAAAAAUAAAACAAUGUCGGCUUUUAAAACUUUAAAAGAAGUCAGUCAGAACUUCGAGCAGGAGUUAAAGCAGCUGUCCAACGUGCUAUUCUCCGCUAAAAUCGGAGAGACCUUCGAGGAUGCGGUUUCAAAGAAACUGCAGGAGCUAUCUCUAUUCUCCUCCAAACUUAAGCUUCUGAGAGCGAAACCUGUAUCACUGACUCCACAAAUAACGGAACAAGUCAAGACCGAAGAAAUCAUUAAAGAAUACGGUGAUGUAGCAGCUAUCAAAUUAUUAGAGAAGGUCACUGUGAAAUGCGUUGCACAAACACAUGCUGUAAAAAAACUUAUAACGACACCGGACAGAGCUCUGGAUGCUGAGAUGCUUACAAGGAAACAAAAUAUAAUGGAAGCCUUGACAAACUAUAGAGAUAAGGAAACCAGUCUUCGUCAUUUUGAGAUGAUAUUACAAGAGAAACAGUACGAGCACAACUUGUUGCGGGCUGAGUGGGAUAAAUCGCUCGGUGAAUUGAGGGAUAUGAAGGCAGCAGUCAGUGAUGACGAGGAAAUGGACACAAACAGUGCAUAUUAUGUACGCCUUCGAACCUUGGUCUCGAAGAUGGAGAUGAUAAGGUGGCUUAUAGGAAGAUUGGUUGUUUGUCGUAAGGAGAGCAGAAACGACCCUCGAAGAGCCCUGCAAGCUUUGAAGAUGGCCAGACAAGUGUUAGACGUUGAUACAUUCAUGUCGGAUUAAUAUAUAUAUGAUUAUUUU